GCCUGGGCUGAGGAGCGGCCCCGGCGCUGGGCCCGGCCCGGGCAGGAGGCCAAGGAAGCGCCGCUGCGCUGAAGCGCCGGGAGCUCGGGGUGCCCGGGAGCUGAGGGCGCUGCGAGCUGGGGAUACUCAAAGCUGCUUUUUAGCCUGAAAAUGAAGCCCUUUCACAGAGGCUUCCUCUACCUCUUCUCCUUGUUUUUCUGACUGGAUCAAGUCAUCCACAUCCUGCAUUAAGCCAGUCCCUGGGGACACAAGAUGCCCAAUGACUUCCUGAGAUGAACUUUGGAAGAAGGAGGCCCCAGCCCAAGGCGCUCUCCUCUUCUUCUUUCCCCAAAACUAGGAUUUUAUUUUCCCAAGCUGUGGCCAGAUGGAGGAGAAAAAGCUUUGGAGAUGCCACACCAGGAGAGGCUGCAAACCCAGCCCAGGGAGCUGCAAGGAGGAAAGAUCUCCCCAGUGCCAGGAAGGUGGCCAAAGAUCCAGACGGAGCUCAGAGCUGGGGGAGAAGCCCCACAAAUGCUUGGAAUGUGGGAAGGGCCUCAGCUACAGGUCCAACCUGCACCGGCACCAGGUGAUCCACACUGGGGAAAAGCCCUACGAGUGUGGGGAAUGUGGGAAGAGUUUCAGCCAGAGCUCCAGCCUGCGGAAACACCAGAGGAUCCACAAUGGGGAAAAGCCCUAUGAGUGUGGGAAGUGUGGGAAGAGCUUCAGCCAGAAAGACCAUCUCAUCCGGCACCAGGUGAUCCACACAGGGGAACGACCCUACACCUGCUUGGAAUGUGGGAAGAGCUUUGGGAGGAGCUCUGAUCUGAGAAAACACCAGCGCAUCCACACUGGGGAGAGGCCCUACGAGUGUCCCAAGUGUGGGAAGAGGUUUCAGAGCAGCUCCACUCUCAUCAGACAUGAGCGGAUUCACACAGAGGAGAGGCCCUUCCGCUGCCCCGACUGCGGGAAGGGCUUCAAGCAAAAUUCCACCCUUGUCAGGCACCAGCGCAUCCACAGUGGGGAGAGGCCCUACGAGUGUCCCCAGUGUGGGAAGAGCUUCUCCAGGAGCUCUCAUUUGACCCGACACCAACGGAGUCACCAGUAAGGGAAGCCCUGUGAGUGCCCCGAGUGCAGGAAGAGCUUCGUGCGCUGCUCCAGCUCCAUCCCCCAUGGGAGGAUCGGCGUUGGAUGAUCCCCAGUGACCCCCGUUGGGCAGAGCCCUGGUGAUCCGUGGUCCUGGUGAUGCGUGUUGGGAAGACACCUGGCUGGGAGGCUCCACAUCUUCCUGGCUCCCUGUGGGCACCUGGAUGAACACAGGAGCAGAAACAUCCAUUGGGACACAGACCAACAAUGGGAAUUCCUUGAGGAGAGUGGAUUUGUUGAUUUUCAAUCCUAGAGAACCUUUUGCCGCAGCCUCAGGAGCUCUGUGGGCAGAGAAAAAAGGGUGACACUGGGCUUGGGGGCCCUGAGGGGAGUGCACACACUCUGGGUGAGGGAGACACAAUCCCCAGAACCCCCCCCUCACCUUCCUGCGCAGGCAGAAGCUGAACCUCAGUGCCA